UCAUCAGUCUCGUCCUGGCCUAGCUUGUCUCGUCCUAGCUUCAUCUCGUCCUAGCUUCAUCCACUCCCAUCCCAUCUCCAGGGAUUCCAACGAAUAACGUUAGAGUUUCCGCAUUUGCUAGUUCAAACAAAGGCGGGAAUGGUCGAGGCUAGGGCUCCGCUAUUGAUGCUUGCUGGGAGGCUGGACUUCGUGUAUCAAUAGCGGAGUGACCCGGCUGGACUUGUGUGCCGCGGAAUCUGCAUUUAGCACGGCGUAACCCUUUUCGAAGUGUCAUAGUUUAGCGUUUUUUCUACACCUAGGAAAUGUUUUCAUAGUAUAUUGGUUUCCUACCCCUAGGGAAGGUUUUAUUCGAACCACAUUUCUUAUUUUAAAAGGCGGUUUGAGCAUCACGCCGCACCUUUCUGUUUCCUAGCAUUCCCAGCCAUGGCGUUAGCUCGCCGAUUUAACAAAAUGCUGGGGAAGCAGGAAACACCCCCCGUUCCUUCCUCCCGCAAGCCUCGCAAUCCGCAUUCGUCGCAAGAUUCCGACAGCAACAGCGAGCCUCGUCGCUCAAAAUCUUUCGCCCGUCGCAGCUACGACAGCAGCGCGCCUUCCGCCUCUCCGACGCCACCCACCGACGUUUUCGCGAAAAUGCGGUUACCAUCGUCUUCUUCCGAGGACGGGAAACGGGAUGCGGGACAGUCGCGCGACCAUGGCGCGCACGACCUGGUGGAUUCCCCCGAUAAAGUCACAUCGAAAUGGAGCAAAGCCGACUGGCGGGAGAUCAUCAGCGCGAUAGAGACGGCUUCUAAGGGGUGCCACAAGUGCGGAGACGCUUCCGCCAAUCCCUCCCUUUCCGCCGCCUUAAAACUCGUCUCUCAGCUAAAAGCCGGUGGCAAUCACAACGACACGCUUUCCUCCGCCGGCGCCUCUCCCGGACGUCAUUCCCAAGCCUCCUCCAGACCUCACUCCCGGACCUCCUUCCCGGACCUACACGGCGGGAUGACGGACCUCGGGCCCUCCGCGUGUCCGUACCUAGGCGGAGGCGGAAAGAACGAGGCGGGGAGAGCAGGGGGGGGAGGGGGAGAUGCUGGGGAGGGUGUUCCGCGGGUGGUGGGACUGGUUCGGACGCACUCUGGCGCGAGCAGUGCCGCGGAUUCGCUUAUGUCGGGGACGGCGCAUAGCGGGUUCGACACGGGUCUGACCACACCCAAGUCGCCCGCGAGAAUUAAGGGGGAAGGCGGAAGGGGAAGGGGCGGAGGGAUGGGGGGAGGGGGAGGGGGGAGCAAUGUGGGCGCAUCUGAUCUCCUGAAUCGGCGCAUGCUGUCGGUGAUUACAAGGGCGCAUGAGCUAUACGCCAAGGACAAUACCCCCAACGGCAGCAAGGUGGCAGAUUUCCUGCUUUCUCAAAUCCUGGAGCUCACCCAGUCGCCCGCUGGCUUCAUCUGCAGCGCUGUCCGAAAGCCCGACGGCGCCGUUUCGCUAAAGACCCACUCCAUCACCAACUUAGCGUGGACCAGGGAAUUGCGCUUGUGGUACACAGAGAAUGCGGCCAAGGGCCUGGUGUUCAGCAACCUCAACACGCUCUUCGGCCAUAUUGUGAAGACCAGCGAUGUCGUUCUGGCCAACGACGCUGAGAAUGACCCUCGCUCUGCUGGCCUCCCCCCCGGCCAUCCUCCCAUCAACACGUUUCUGGGCGUCCCUCUCUUCCACGGUUCGGAGCUGAUAGGGGCGUGGGCGGUGGCCAACAGAGAGCCCGGAUACGAGGAGUCAAUGCUGGCGGAGUGGCAGCCGGUGACCAAAACGGUGGCUCAGAUCGUGGCGGGGAUUCAGGGGAGGAAGAAGGCGGCAGAGAAGGAGAAGCGCAUGACGUCCAUGCUCAAGAGCACUGUCGACGCAAUCAUCGCACUCGACGACGGCGGCACCAUCACGGCAAUGAACCGGGCGGCGCGGAACCUGUUUGGAUUCACCGAAUCUAACAGCAGCAGCAGCGGGGAUGACGUGGACGCGUCCACCCUGCCUGACACUCUGCACAUCACGGACCUCCUGCAGUCCGUUGACGGAUCAGAGGACUUUUUAGAAAACGGUCUCGACGCAUUCAUAGGCGACGACCACCCGGUGUCAGCCAUCGGGCGGCAGAUUGUGGGCGGCAGGGUGUUUCUGGAGCUAUCUGUGGCGUCAGGCGCGACUGCCGACGUGGCAUAUGUGCUUACAGCGAGGGAGAUGCAUGCAGGGAAGCACUCGCAUGUGCCGGGCACACCUGGAUCGGCUUACAGUGGGGGCGGGGGAAGCAUAACUGGGGAGAUGGCUGGUAUGGGGGGGACGGGCAUGGGUAUGGGCAUGGGUGGGGGUAUGGGUGGGGGCAUGGGUGGGGGCAUGGGUAUGGGUAAUAGUGGCGGCAUGGGGAUGGGUAUGGGUAUGGGCAGUCGGGGCAUGGGGAUGGGGAUGGGUAUGGGUGGAGCCAUGGGGGGGCAUGAUGGGAUGGAGGGCCAUGGAAGGGGAGGAAUGGGUGGCACGGGUGGCAUGGGUGGCAUGGGUGGCAUGGGUGGGAUGAGUGGGGUCCAGCGGGCAGGUCUAACUGCUUCUGGAGGUUCUGCUGGUGAAGGCUCAGCUGGUGCAUCUGCCAGUGGGGGAUUUGGGCCUUCUGGGGCCCGUAAUGCCUCUGCUGGUGGUUUCGGGGGUUCUGAUGGUGCUGGUUUUGGUCAGAAGAGCCUGGAUGCUCUUGAUAUCAAGCCGUACCAGCCCUUAGCUGGGAGUAGUUAUGCAAAUUACACAAGGGAAGAGUACGGCUCAUAUUGUUAUGAUGGAAAUGGUAUCUAAGGAUUGCUUUACCUCUGCUUACUGUACAUUACCCAUGGUGAAUUUCAGAGGACUUAGCAAUGCGUCAUAGCGUAGUGCUUGUUUCAAGUGUCUUGGUUGUAUUGCUUCUCUUCUCUAUCAAUCAAUCCUACC